UAUAGCUGGUUCUUCUCGCCGACUCCCAGGUUCUGUCGUCUUCAUAGAGAGAUUCCAAAACAGGCAUCAUGUUUGGGGCUAACCUCACCAUCUUCCACCACCUGUUCGUCCUACUUGGCAUCCCGGGACUGGAGAUCUACCACACCUGGCUUUCCAUCCCCUUCUGCCUCAUGUACAUCGUCGCAGUCCUGGGAAAUGGAGCUCUCAUCCUUGUUGUCCUCAGUGAAAGCACCCUUCAUGAACCCAUGCAUGUCUUCCUGCCUAUGCUGGCGGGCACCGACAUCCUGCUGUCCACCACCACUGUGCCCAAGGCCCUGGCUAUCUUCUGGUUCCAUGCUGGGGAAAUCGCCUUUGAUGCCUGCAUCACUCAGAUGUUUUUCAUCCACGUUGCCUUUGUGGCUGAGUCGGGAAUCCUGCCGGCCAUGGCAUUUGACCGCUACGCGGCCAUCUGUGCCCCGUUGAGAUACACAGCCAUCUUAACUCCUUCCACAAUCGUGAAACUGACCCUGGCCAUCUGGGGACGGGGUAUUGGGGCCAUUUUCCCUAUCAUAUUCCUGCUGAAGAGGCUGCCAUACUGUCGGACCAAUAUCAUCCCCCACUCGUACUGUGAGCACAUCGGGGUGGCCAGAUUGGCCUGUGCUGACAUCACUGUCAAUGUCUGGUAUGGCUUCUCGGUGCCGAUGGCCUCCGUCUUGGUAGAUGUUGCAUUCAUUGCUGUUUCCUACACUUUGAUCCUCCAGGCCGUGUUCAGACUUCCUUCCCAGGAUGCUCGGCACAAAGCUCUCAACACCUGUGGUUCCCACAUUGGCGUCAUUCUCCUCUUUUUCAUCCCAUCUUUUUUUACUUUCCUGACCCAUCGCUUCGGCAAGAAUAUCCCCCACCAUAUUCACAUCCUUCUGGCCAAUCUCUAUGUGUUAAUUCCCCCCAUGCUUAAUCCCAUCAUCUAUGGAGCCAAGACCAAGCAAAUCAGAGGUCGUCUGGCUCACAUGUUAUCUCGCGUGGGGAUGUCUUGAGAAAGCUCAUAGUUCCUUCAUAGUUUGCAGGCUUUCAAAGCCGCAGGAAAAAAGAGAACUCAGCAACCAAGCUUCCAAGUGUAGGCACUAGAGUGUAUUGCUGCAGAAAGCACAUGGCCUUUGGAAUAAGAUGUAUCUGCAUUCAAACCCUGAUCCCUUACUUUCAGAUGCUUGACUUUGGGCAGCUUCCUAUCUUCUGGAAAUUUAGUUCUAACCCAUAAAGUGGAACCAAUUGUACCUCUGCUCUCAGAGCUUUGUAACCAAAUUAAAUCUGUAAACAACUUGGUACAUCGCUUAGCAUUUAGUGGACUCUCAAUGUUAGCUGUCAUUCUAACCCGAAGUUUUUCCCCUGAGGAAGAUGUUUCAGAUUUGAUGUCUAUGAGAUUCCAGUGUUUUCAAAGGCUCCUCUCCCUUCAAAGGCCAUCGUCACCUCCAACACCGUUGUCAUCAAACAACAAUUUUGCCACACAAACCAAAUUAGGUAAUGCAUAUAAAAGAGUGCUUUUUAAAACAAAGGUAUUGAAAAAGACUAAAAGGGACAUUGAUUACAUUUUAUAGGUAAGGAACUAUCGCCAUGAUUAUAUUAAAAGAGAUAUCUUGACUUACGCAACAAAGGGAACAAGUGACACAGGCAUUGCCCUGAGAGAGCUGAUUGUCUGAGAUGGACACAUGAGCAAAGACUAUGUUAUGGGAUCACACAGAUGAUAGAAAAUAUGCUGCAGCACACAGAUAUUCGAAUGUUAAAAAGAUAGAGUAAGCUA